AUGGACGCGACGGUACCUCAUCAGCAGCAGGCAUCCGCCGAAACUCCGAAUGUGUGCAGCGCAGAGAUUGAUCGCGUCCUGAGCCAGAGGCGCAAACGGCAUGAGUCUAGGUCCUGUGUUCCAUGCAAGCGUCGCAAGGUUCGGUGCGAUAGCCAGACGCCUUGCGCAACCUGCCAGAAACGUGGACAUACUGAGAUCUGUGUGUACGAAGCUCCUAGGCCUUCUAGACUCACAGCAAGUUCGCAUAACGCAGGAACACCUACGAGACUAGAAAGUGAUCCAGGUGUAUCGAGAGCUCCUCACCCGAUCCAUCUUGAGGGGAACAAUCGUCGAUCGAGCCCGUCACAAGAAUAUUCAAUUACAUCCAUCGCUGGAGAAAGGGCUCAGAAGCAGGCUGAUGCAGAAGAACUGGCACGAGAUGUAGGGUAUGUUUUAGGGCUGCAAAACAGUCUCACGUCGUAUCCGUUUAUGGACCUUGCAUCACCGACUGAACGUUGGUGUGAGCUGCUAAAGAUACUUCCACAUCGCCAUGAGAUCUUGUCCUUGUUCCCCAUCUUUCAAAUGCGCGUGUUUCCUUUCAACCCUCUACUCGUUGAUAUGGACAAGUUCGAGUUGGACAUGUAUGGCUACUUACGAGCCUACACUGCGGGCGAAUUUAAAUCUACACCUAUUUCAGAUGAUUGGGGUAAAGAGAGAGCAAUCGGCCUAAUCAGCUUGAUUCUUGCCGUCCUAUCCUCUGCCGCACAUUUCUCUGAUCUCACUGGAUCUGAGAGAUCUCGCGUCUGUUAUGACCUUGCGCGAAAGUCUUUCCAGGCGUUACGGCUGGCAAACUUCUUGUUCCGCCCAACCUUGGAAGUUGUUCAGACAAUGUUGGUCUUGGGUAACAUGCUUCAAAACACGGGACAAUCUGAUGCAGCUUGGGCGUGGCUUGGUACCACCGCUCGCCUAGCUCAAACUCUGCACUACCACGCCCGAGGGAGUAGGACGAACAUCCCAGAAAUAGUCAAGAUUCAAGCGAAGACUUGUUGGUCAAACAUCAUUUGGCAGGACACUCUGCUUAGUAUGUGCCACGUACGGCGUCCAUUAACAAUGAUAAAUACGCCCGAGCAGGAUUUGACCUCCCAAGACUUGGAACUUACAUAUCACGGCUUCAUGCGUGCAAUCUGCCCAAUUUCCACGACAGUGCUGAAUAACGAUUCAUGUUAUGUUGCCAGCGCUACAAUAGAUAUGCUCGAGCAGCUUGACUCGCUGCACCGCAAGACGAAACCCUAUUUACAAGACCCCGAUCGAUGCAAAUCGAGUCUGGAACACCUCCAGCAUCUAGCAUUAAAGAUGCACAAGUGCUUCUUGAUCACGUUUCUGUGUCGACCAGAGAUUCGAAAUGCCAAUCGCUCAUCGACAAUAGCACUGCCGGAACAGCAGCUGCGUAUCCGUAGGCGUGCUGAAGAUAACCUCGUUGAAGCUACCAAGACGUUCCUCGAGUUCAGGGCAGUAAGUGCGGUGCCACUGCGGAGCUGGUCGAUGGUGCACACGGCAUUGAGUUCCGUGCUACUUCUGUGCAUAUGGGAAGAGACGAGGGUGAAGCCUGAGUGUCGGUAUCUGAGGGAGAAGGUGAUUGAGGCAUUCUCGUCUCCGGAAUUUAAUGACCCAGCAUCUGCGGAUGGGAACACCCAGUGGUUGUCGCCUAGGCAUAUCCACGCACUGGUGACUCUCAAGGAUGCGUUUACUGCUGAUGAGUCCGGGUUGCAAGUUGACUAUAACGCUAUGCAGGGCUGGAAUAACGCGGACCUCGUGGGACAAUCUGGGUUCAUACCUGGUAUCAUUGAUGCUUGGGACCCUUUCGCUGAGUAUGCAAUCAAUGAUUUUCAUCCGAGCGUUCCUUAUGACCCUGGAGCGACAAAUAUGGAGUUGCCAACCAUGGACGCGUCUCCCACGAACUACCUAGACUUUAUUAUGAGAGUUAAGCGCCUGAAGACACUCGUCUUUGCCUAG